CAUGAUAUUGAUAUGGAUAACGACGAAUGUUCCAGAAAUCACUAAUCAGAAUAAAUAGAAUAAUAUUGUGCUUGUGCCCUUUACGUAUUUUGUACCGUUUAAUGUUUAUAUGAAAAAAUAGUAAUAUUUGUGUUGUAAUUGAUACUACAAUUGCGGUCGAAUAGAUUAACCCUCAGUUUUGAAUUGUGUAAACCCAGUUAGAAGAAUCUAUCUAUAAUGGUUGAUUAUAGCAAGUGGAAAAAUAUUGAAGUGUCCGAUGACGAAGAUGAAACCCACCCUAAUAUUGAUACACCGUCAUUAUUUCGUUGGAGGCAUCAGGCUCGUGUUGAACGUAUGGAAGAAAUAAAACGUGAACAACAAGAAUUGGAAAUUAAGAAAAAAACUUUUCAAGAAAAGUAUGAAGAAACUAAAAAUCAGCUUUUGUCUGCUGAACAAGAAGGAAAAAAUAAAAAAGAACUUGAAGAAGCAUUAAGUGCUUUAAGUGUUGAAGAAGAAGAAUUAAAAAAACGAGAAGAAGAGUUCAAAGUUAAAGAAAAGGUAAUGCCAUGGAAUGUUGAUACUAUAAGUAAACCAGGUUUUACAAAGACAAUUGUGAAUACUCCCAAGCCUCUACCAACUGAAGAAAAUAUGACUGAAGAAGAGAAAGCUAAGCGAUUAGAAACAUUUAUUAAUGAAAAUAAAAGUAAAUUGAAAGUAUUUGGUAUGUUCAAAAAAUAUAAAGACAGUCAAGAAUAUUUACAAAAAAAUCCUCAACUUGUUUGUGAAGAUACCGCAAAUUAUUUGGUUAUUUGGUGUAUUGAUUUGCAAAUGGAAGGCAAAUCUGAUCUAAUGGAACAUGUAGCACAUCAAACAAUUUGUAUGCAAUAUAUUUUGGAACUAUCUAGACAACUAUCUAUUGAUCCAAGAGCAUGUGUACCUUCAUUUUUUUCAAGAAUACAAUUAGCUGAGAAACAGUACAAAGAUUCUUUUGAAGAAGAACUUAACAUGUUUAAAGACCGCAUCCGAAAAAGGGCUGAGGAAAAGCUACGUAUAGCUCAAGCUGAAAUAGAAGAAGAAGAACGAAAAGCAAGGUUAGGACCCGGUGGUCUUGAUCCAGUUGAAGUUUUCGAGAGUCUUCCAGAUGAGUUAAAAAAAUGUUUUGAAUCACAAGAUAUUCAGUUAUUGCAAGAUACGAUUAAAAACAUGAACCAAGAAGAUGCAACUUAUUACAUGAAGCGUUGUGUAGAUUCUGGAUUAUGGGUACCUGACGCCAACAAAGAUAAAAGCAGUGCUGAAGAUGAUGAUAAACCACAAGAAGAAAAUAUUUAUUCUGAGAUAGACAGCUCAAAAUAAUCUUAUAUUAUCCUAUUCAUUGAUUAACUUAUAAUUAUUAGAUUAUAACAUUUUUCUGGUUCUAAAUUUAUCUGUUUACAUACAUUAAGACAUGAAAUACUUUUGGUUGCAUUAUAAUAGUAAAACUAAUUUUUUUUUUAUAAUCAAAUUUUGUUUGUUAAGUAUUUAUAAUGAUAAUUAUAAUAAUAUUUAUAAUAUUA